AUGCCUGGCAAGAUUCGCACUGCGCAGUCUGUCUCCUUUGACGUGCCUGCUGAUCAGCAGCCGUACCUUCACAACCGCUGGCACCCAGAUAUCCCUAGCGUCGGCGCAGUUGAGCCUGGGGAGACUGUCAAGAUUGAAUGCCUGGACUGGACCGGCGGCCAGAUCGGCAACAACGACAGCGCCAAUGACGUGCGCGACAUUGACCUCUCCAAGAUUCACUACCUGACUGGGCCGUUCGACGUCAAGGGCGCCGAGCCCGGCGACCUGCUCGUCGUCAACAUCACCGACAUCCAGCCCUUUGACCACUCCCCGUGGGGCUUCACCGGCGUCUUUGACAAGACCAACGGCGGCGGCUUCCUCGAGGAGCACUACCCCAAGGCCGCCAAGGCCAUCUGGGACUUUGACGGCAUCUACUGCUCCAGCCGCCACAUCCCCGGCGUGCGCUUCCCGGGCCUGAUCCACCCGGGCAUCCUCGGCUGCGCGCCCUCCAAGGAGGUGCUCGCCGAGUGGAACCGGCGCGAGGGCAGCCUCGUCGAGGCGGGCACCUCGACGCACCCGGGCAAGACGCUCGCGCACCUGCCCCUGGAGAAGAGCGUCCACGCCACGACGGCGGACGGCGAGCUCAAGGCGCGCAUCGCAAAGGAAGGCGCCAGGACGGUGCCUGGACGACCGGAGCACGGCGGCAACGUGGACAUUUGCAACAUUUCGCGCGGCUCCAAGACGUACCUGCCUGUCCACGUCCCCGGUGCCAAGUUCUCCGUCGGCGAUUUGCACUUUAGCCAAGGCGAUGGCGAGAUUAGCUUCUGCGGCGCCAUUGAGAUGGCGGGCGUCAUUACCAUCAAGUUUGAUCUCAUCAAGAAUGGCGUCAAGUCGAGGGCUGUUCCCCAUCCCGUCUUUCUUCCCGGCGAGGUGGCGCCUCACUACGGGCCUUCGCGCUACCUGACCUUUGAAGGGUUUUCCGUCGAUGAGCAAGGCAAGCAGCAUUACAUGGACGCCACGAUUGCCUAUAGACAGGCUUGCCUUCGAUCUAUUGCAUACCUCAAGCAGUUUGGGUACUCGGGCGAGCAGAUUUAUCUCCUGCUGUCGUGUGCUCCAGUGCGUGGCUGCAUCGCCGGAAUUGUUGAUAUCCCUAAUGUGUGCACAACCCUGGGUGUUCCCAUGGAUAUUUUCGACUUCGAUAUUUCCAUCGAGAAAGAGCCUGUCAAGCGUGAUUUGGGUUCUUGUGCGUACACCAGCUAA